AUGAACAUUAAGCAAAGGGAGGAUGAGACCUUGAGGUCGUACAUAGCCCGCUUUAACAAGGAGGCACUCUUAAUUGAUGAAGUUGACAAUGAGAUUCUUGUGGCCGCAUUUACGAAUGGGCUACGGAAGGGUAAGUUUUUGUUUUCCUUAUACAAAAAUGACCUAAAGACUAUGCCGGAUGUACUCUACAGGGCUACUAAGUACAUGAAUGCGGAAGAUGCAUUACUGGCUCGCAAAAAAAAGCCCAAGAAGAGAGAAAGACAGGAAGAACCUCGACUAGAUAGGGGGCGAAAGGUAGCGAGGACACGAGAUAUAAGGGAGGACAGAUGCUCGAAACCUGCCACUGGAAGAUUCGCAAGCUUCACCCCGCUAAACACCCCAAUUGACCAAGUCCUGAUGCAGAUCAAGGACGAAGGAGCCUUGACAUUCCCUAGCAAGUUGAAGGAAGACCCUAGCAAAAGGUCCAGAGACAAGUACUGUCGUUUCCAUCGUGACCACGAUCAUGACACAUCUGACUGCUAUGACUUAAAGCAGCAGAUAGAGGCUCUUAUUAAGCAAGGGAAGUUGCAAAGAUUCAUCAGUAAAGAGAGAACAGACCAGCCCCAAGAACCACCUGCCCGGAGAGAAAAUAAGCGCCAUAGGCCACCUUUGGGAGAUAUAAGGAUGAUUAUAGUGGGCAUUGCAACUUCCAGUUCUUCCAAGAAGGUAUGCAAGACCUACCUACGAAUGGUUCAGAACGUCCAGUUGGCGGGGGGAUUACAACACGCACUAAGUCCUUGUGGACAAUGGGAGCUCUGCCGAUAUCUUAUACUAUCUAGCAUCCAGCAGAUGAGGAUAGGGAGAGAACGGUUAAUUCCAACCAACGCACCACUCGUAGGAUUCAAAGGAACAAAGGUGCAUCCCCUAGGAGCAGUCACCUUGCCAGUAACGGUCGGUGAUUACCCUCAGCAAAUCACCAAGGAUGUCACAUUCCUGGUUGUUGAUUGUUCAUCUGCAUACAAUGCCAUAUUGGGUCGCCCUACUUUGAAUUCAUGGAAGGCCGUAACAUCAACCUACCAUUUGAUGAUCAAGUUUCCCACCGAGUACAGAAUGGGAGAGGUAAUAAGGGAUCAAGUGGUGGCACACGAAUGCUACAUUUCCAUGCUAGAGAUGGAGGAUCAUUUGCAAACAAUGUGUAUAGAAGAACAACGGAUAAUAGCAGAACUGGUGGAAGGGUUGGAAGAAGUACUCCUUGAUGAUUCUAGGUCGGAACGAACAACGAGGAUAGACACUUUGGCCAGCCCACUAGAAUUGGUGGUGGAGAUAAGAGAACUUGAGAAGCAAAAAGGUGAACUUGAAGCUGAAUUGAAAAAGGCAUUUGCCAUCUAG